AUGGAGAAAUGGAAUCAAACUUUCCAUGAUUUCAUUUUGUUGGGAUUGCUUUCCCCGAAUCAAACAGGCUUGUUUCUCAUACUCCUGAUCAUCUUCAUAUUCUGUCUUGCCUCACUGGGCAACUUAACCAUGAUUCACCUCAUCCGCGUGGAUCCCCGGCUCCACACACCGAUGUACAUUCUCCUCAGCCAGCUCUCCCUCAUGGACCUGAUUUACCUGUGCACCACUAUCCCCAAGAUGGCAUUCAACUUCUUCUCAGGUCAAAAAGGCAUCUCUUUCCUGGGAUGUGGGGUCCAGUGUUUCUUCUUUUCAACUAUGGCAGGUUCUGAGGGUUUGCUCUUGUCUUCUAUGGCCUAUGACCGAUACACGGCCAUCUGCCAACCCCUCCAUUAUCCCAUUCGCAUGAGUAAAAGGAUGUGUGCAAUGAUGAUCCUAGUAUCUUGGCUCUUGGGGGCUGUCAAUUCCUUAGCACACACAGUCUAUGCUCUCCAUAUUCCAUACUGCCGGUCCAGGGCCAUUGAUCACUUUUUCUGUGAUAUCCCAGCCUUGGUUACUCUGGCUUGCUUGAACAAUUGGGUCUAUGAGUACAUGGUUUUUGUAAGCUCAAGUCUAUUUCUUCUCGUUCCUUUCCUUGGAAUCACAGCUUCUUAUGGUCGAGUCCUUUUUGUUGUCUACCACAUGCGCUCCAAAGAGGGAAGAAAGAAGGGCUUCACCACCUGUCUCACACAUUUAACUGUGGUGACAUUUUACUAUGCACCUUUUGUCUAUACCUAUCUCAGACCUAAAAAUCUCCGCAACCCAGAAGAAGAUAAGAAUCUGGCAGUUUUCUACACCAUUCUGACCCCCAUGCUCAAUCCUAUUAUCUAUAGCCUGAGGAAUAAGGAAGUCCUGGGAGCCAUGGCAAGAGCAUUUCCAAUAUUUUUCUCAAAGAAGAAAUAA